AUGUCGUUUAAAUGUUUGAUAAACCAAAUAAGAGAGCUGCUAGAGCUAUACAAGGACGAGAAGCCUAGCAUAGUCCUGACGGGACACAGUCUAGGUGCAACUAUAGCGACUCUCGCAGCACUGGACCUGGCAGAAAACUUUACAAGCGGCUCUAGCGACGUGACCCCGGUGACAGCUAUUGUGUUUGGUUCUCCGAGAGUUGGCAACAGAGAAUUCUUAAACAGAAUCAACAGACAUGAUAACGUGAGGAUAUUGCACGUGAAAAACGAAAUUGAUCUUAUCACACGUUAUCCAGCUAAGAUAAUGGGGUACGUCAACAUUGGGACCAAACUCAAAAUCGAUAAUAGAGUUUCUCCUUUUCUUAAAGAAACCCAUCAUCCUGGUGGCUGGCAUAACCUUCAGGCGAUGUUACAUGUAGUAGCGGGAUGGAAUGGGAAGAACCAGAAGUACGAGAUGAAAGUGAACAGAAACAUAGCGUUGGUUAACAAAUCGUGUGCCCUGUUGAAAGAGGAGUGUUUGGUUCCUGAGUGUUGGUGGGUGGAGAAAAACAAAGGUAUGCUCAAGAAUGAAGAUGGUGACUGGGUCAUGGCUACUCCCGACGAUGAAGACAUGCCUAUGGUUGAGUUUGACUAA